AUGGGUGAGACUGGAAUGAACGAGUACAGUGACGCAUUAGAUGAUGGAAAAUCCAUGGAUGAGGUUGAAACAUAUGUUCCAUUUGUUGUUAACGCCAUUAUACCAGCAAUUAAUGAACUUAUUGAGCUUGGGGCCAAAACGAUACUUGUCCCAGGAGCCCUACCAAUUGGAUGCUUCCCAAAAUUUUUAAAACUCUACCAAGGAUUUGAUAAGACCAAGUAUGAUAAUAUAACUGGAUGUCUACUCCAGUUAAACAAGCUUGCUGAGUACCACAAUGAAUUUCUCGUGAAAGAACUCAACAAAAUUCGAGAGUUGUAUCCCGAAGCAAAUCUCUUAUAUGCUGAUAUCUACAAUGCUGCCAUGCAAUUUUAUCGUUCUCCAAAAAAAUAUGGAUUCACAAAUGAAGUUUCAAAGGCAUGUUAUGAUUUUACAUGGGUGCUCCGUUUCAACGAUUCAGUAUCAUGGUGGGACUUAUCACCAACAAUAUGUGAUAAUCCGGAUACAUAUAUUUCAUGGGAUGGGUCACACUUAACAGAAGCAGCAUAUAAAAUUAUCUCAAAGAGUUUAUUGCAAGGGCCAUACACGGUGCCCCAAUUCUACUCCCCAUGCCUUACUUCAAUGUUAAAAGAGAUGGAUGUAUUAUCAAGUUUUAUGUAA